AUGGGCACCAACGACGUCACGACGGCCACGGACCUGCACAAUGUCGACUCCUCGACCGAGAAGCCGACCGAUGGGCUAAAACUAAGGACUCUUGGAACCGUUCGUCUGCGCCAUCACGAAACAAACGAAAUCAUCCUCAUUCCUACUCCUUCCAAGGAUCCUAAUGAUCCGCUAAACUGGUCCAAGGCAUACAAGUAUUAUAUGGCAACGGUUAUAUGCUUGGCUAUGCUCAUGUGUAACUUUCUUGCUGCAGGCCCGACAAUUGCCAUUGCGUCUACAGCCGUGGACUUUUUCCCCCCUCCAGCGACGCCCGUCUCAGCUGCCAUCAGCAAGGUAGCAUAUUUUUUCACGACUACAGCUUUGCUGCAAGGCACGAGCAACUUCUUCUGGGUGCCACUCACUAAUAAAUUCGGCCGACGACCCAUUUACGUUACCAGCUAUGCAAUCUACUUUGUCUGCUGCAUCUGGCUCAUCUUUGAAAAGAGCUAUGGCGGCUUUCUGGCAGGACGUAUCCUUAUUGGAAUCGGUGCUGGUGCUGCUGAAACGAUUGCUCCCGUUUCCAUUGCCGAUGUUUUUUUCCUACACGAGCGUGGAUUUGUCAUGUCAAUGUACACUUGUUUCCUAUCAGUCGGUGUGGCGCUCGGUAUUCUGAUCGAUGGUCUAAUCGUCAUCGACCACCACUGGAGAGUGAUUUACCAGGUUGCUGCUGGCCUCAUUGGUUUCGUCCUCUUGCUUGCAUUCUUUACAUUCCCCGAGACGGCAUAUAUCCGAGAAAUCCCACCCGCCAAUGUUGCAGAAUCUCGGACUGUGGAGAAGCCGCAAGGAAGUGUGGGUUCUGAUAUCGAGUCUUCAGCCCCUUCGGCCCCUCCUCCCAAGAAGGAGACAUUUUUUCAGAGCCUCAAGAUUUACCACAGGGUCUGGACGGAUGAAAGCUUGGUCAAGAUGUUUGUGCGACCGCUGGGUCUCAUCCUGCUUCCACCUGUUCUUUGGGCUGCUCUGGUACAGUCCGUCACCAUCGGCUUUGUGGUCGCAGUAACUUCCAAUGUAGCGCCAGCAUUUACAGCAGCUUACGGCUUCCAGCCCUGGCAGGUCGGUCUAUGCUUUAUCGCUGCCAUCAUUGGAUCUCUGCUGGGUAUACCUGCUGGUGGUCAACUGGCCGACAUUACGGCGGAUUGGUUCACAAAGCGCAACGGUGGAAUAAGAGUCCCCGAGAUGCGACUUCCCGCCAUGAUGCUCUGUCUCAUUACUGCGCCACUGGCUUUGAUCUUGUACGGUGUCGGAAUUGAAAAGCAACUUCACUGGAUCUGCCCUACCAUUGGCCUUGGUCUUCUCAAUUUCUCUAUUUCGCAGGGUACCAACGUUUGCCUUGUCUACGUCAUCGAUGCAUACCGUCCAGUCGCUGGAGAGAUCACCCUUGCGGUUAUGGGCUUUAAAUCCAUGUUCGGUUUCCUCCUUUCCUUUUACACGAAUCCAUGGGUCGAGCAGUCCGGCUAUCUCAAUGCAUAUGGUGCCAUGGCUGGAAUCGCCGCCGCUGUGUUGCUCAUGUGGAUUCCUCUCUACAUUUGGGGCAAGGCGAUUCGACACGCCACCUGGAACUGGAGCAUCCUCUCCUAUAUUCACUGGGAGGAUGACAGAGAAGUGGGAGAGUAA